AUGUCUGCUCCCCUUCAGAACAACCACGUUGCCGCCGGGCAGACUUACAAGGAAGCUAAUGGUAGUGGCUAUCCCGUCUUCCCGACCACCGCCAAUGCUCGUCCGAAAGAGACAGCUCCACGGCACAAUCAGUCCACGGUCUCUCAGGUGUAUGAUCCUCAAUUCUUCAAGAUUGCCAAUCCUGGGCCUCUUGGUCUCAUUUCCUUUGCCCUGACCACCUUUGUCCUGGGCCUCUAUCAGUGCGGUGCUGGACUGCCAAACUCGAACCCUCUCGGAAGCGUUGGUCCUGAUGAAGCAAUAUUCGGCCUGGCUGUCUUCUUCGGCGGUGUCGUACAGCUCGUCGCUGGUAUCAUGGAAUUCCGCGCAGGCAAUACCUUUGGUACGACUGUCCACUGCUCCUACGCCGCCUUUUGGCUUGCGCUGGCCAUGUUCAUGAUCCCUCAGCUUGGAAUCAAAGAAGCCUACAAGGGAGAUGAUCGCGCCUUUAGCUUUGCUGUAGGCAUAUUUUUGAUACUGUGGUGCUUCCUCAGCCUCGUCUUUUUCAUUGCUGCGUUGAGAACGAACAUUACCAUCUUGGUGGUCCUGGGCUUGCUUACUCUGGCCUUUCUUCUCCUCAGCAUUGCUCAGUUUAUCUCUACUACGCACACAACCGCGGCGGUUCGUGUCAAUCGUGCCGGAGGGGUGUUUACCGUGCUCUGCGCCUUUGCUGCAUUUUAUGCUGGCAGUGCUGGUCUCAUGACACCCGCAACAACUUGGGUUGUGUUCCCUCUGGGCGAGUUUAAACACGCUUUGGCCCAAAGGAGUCCUGUCUAG